UAGGGCUGACUGCCUGUCUGUCUGUCCCUCCCUCACUCCAAUUGGAUAAGGCCACACCGGUCCGGUGGCCAAUCGAUGGCUUUUGUGGCGAGGUAUAAGUAAGACUCUCGAGGUGGCCAGCGGCUCAUUCAGACUUUCUGUGACAUACUGAAGCUACCAAUAUGAGCGGAAGAGGCAAAACCGGAGGCAAGGCCAGGGCGAAGGCAAAGACACGUUCAUCCCGUGCCGGGCUCCAGUUCCCCGUGGGCCGUGUGCACAGGCUGCUGCGUAAAGGCAACUACGCCGAGCGUGUGGGCGCUGGCGCACCAGUGUACCUGGCCGCAGUGCUCGAGUACCUGACUGCUGAGAUCCUGGAGUUGGCCGGAAACGCUGCCCGUGACAACAAGAAGACUCGUAUCAUCCCCCGUCACCUGCAGCUGGCAGUCCGUAACGACGAGGAGCUGAACAAACUGCUUGGCGGCGUGACCAUCGCGCAGGGUGGUGUUCUGCCCAACAUCCAGGCAGUGCUGCUCCCCAAGAAGACUGAGAAGGCCGUCAAAGCCAAGUAAAAUCGCUGGUGCGGCUGCAACUUGACUACUCAACCCCCAAAGGCUCUUU